CAUUCCCUGGAGCCCUCACAGUGUGAUGAUACUUGUGUUGCAGUAAAUGGAAUGACCUUUUGCUUUGACAUCUGAGAUCGUCGACUCAAUGAUUAGGUUUUCUCUGCAUGCUCGCUCUCGGACGGACCAAGAUUCGAUAAUAUUUGACAUGUAAUGUACUGGAUUUAAGUAAUUUAUCCAACGUGUUCAGAUCGAGGUGUUCUUGGACGCAGCAUUUCAACAAGAAAGCUACAAGAAUGUAAGGAUUAUUUAUAAACAGGCAGAAUUUGUAGAGAACGUGCGACUAUUUGUGAACGAUUAACAAAUGGGCUGUCCCUUCCAUCGUUGUCAAGGCAACCUACACUGACUGACAGACAAACCACCCGAAGACAGACUGUUGAAGGAUUUGUAAAAGUUUAUGGAAACUUGUUUGGUCAGCUAAUGUUUGUAAUUUAAUGAAAGCCUACUAUUCCACAAAAUAAUACGCUCUGUGUAUAAUGGCGACUUCUACAAGCGUUGCACCUGAGGCAUCUGUCAGAUGUGGAGUACGGGCAGGUAGAGAGCAUUGGACUAACAUUAAAGCUGGACGUGAAAAGAGAAAUGGACCUGGGGUUCAGCAGUGGUCUGACGGAUCUAAAUAUGAAGGAGAAUUUGUGAAUGAUUUGAAGCACGGCAGUGGAGUCUUCACCUGGACAAAUGGAGAGUUUUAUGAUGGCUCAUUCUACAACGAUUAUCGUCAUGGAAAUGGGACUUAUUCCUGGCCAGCAGGCUUCAAAUUUGUUGGAAAGUUUUAUUUGAACCGGAAGGAGGGCUAUGGCAUUCAGACCUUCCCUGAUGGCACCACUUUUCAGGGGUUGUACCAUGCAGACGAGCGCUUUGGGCCAGGUGUGGUGACAUACCCAGAUGGACAUCAGGACGUGGGUCUAUGGCACCGGGAGAGGCUGUUGAGGCUGUGCACUGCCCUGGAGGGGGGCUUCACUCUCCAGGCCUUCCCAGAACACAUGGCUCAGAUCAACUGCAAGAAGGAGCCUAAGAACCAGUCCCAGAGCUCAGCCAAGGGGCCAGAGACCAAGGCCAAGCCUGGCACCAGGGAGGUUGGCAUGGACCCACUUCUCUCUCCUUACCAUGAGCUGCUGCAGGACGAACGCUUCAUCCUGCCCCCAGACAUGGACCGCUACUCCACAGACUCGGACCACCUGCCUGUGCCCUGGGGGCUGCGUAAGGAGCUGGACCUGCAAUUCUUCGGCGAGCACUGUGACAACCCAGACACUAACCCUGAUGUCUCAGCAGCUUUACCACUGCAGCAGCGCAUGCAGGCUCACAUCCAUAGGCACAGGUUUGAGGUGGAGGCCCUGGACUGGGACGUGGAGGCUGUUCUGUCUGAGAACCGGCAGAGGUUUGGCCCUAAGGGAUCUCUGGAGCUCAACUCAGAGGGCCUCAUCCAGGAGGCCUCGCUGGGUGACCCGCAAAGUGUCUAUCGCAUCCUACGGGAUGGUAAGAUACACCCUGAUGUUGGAGAUGCCCGAGGACACACAGCACUCAUUGCAGCUACGGUCAACUGCCAUAAUGAUGUGAUCCACCUGCUCCUGGACAGCGGAGCAGAUGUGAACAAGCUCAACUGUGAGGGCAUGUCUGCUCUGGCUGUUUGUAAUGUCCUGUACUACCCAAUCCAGUCACUCCAUGAGACAGUUGCAGAGAAGGUCCCACAAAAGACCCAUGCAAAAUCACAGGCUGUCAAAGCCCGGUCCCCAUCAGUGAACAGUCCUCAGAGCAGCAUGGUGGAAGCCACCAAAAACAGAGCCCAGACCACCAAACAGGCUGACCAGCCCAAUCAGGCUGACGACACUGCUCCAAAGGGCCACACCAACCAGGCUGAUAACGAGGCAACGGACCGUGGCCAGUGUAAUGACAGUCAAUUGUCCCUUUACAAUGGCCAGGGUUAUUGUCAGGGAGAAGCUGACCAGGAUGAGGAUGAACAGUACCUCCAGGAAUGCAGUGACCAGGCUGCCCUGGACCUAGACCGCAUGGACGUGAUGGUGGUGAGGGAAAGGCGCUCCAUCCAGGUGCUGGAUGGGAACAUCCCACUGGGCUGUGUCCCCUGGCAUGAGGGGGGUGGCUCUUAUGAUCUGACCCAGCAGCAGGAGGAGGGAGAGGCCGGAUCAGAGGAGGACCGGAGGAGGAGGGAGAGGAGAGGCAGCCUUAUGGCUGACCCAGCGUUUGACUCGACCCGCUCCCUGGCCAGCUUCCACAUCCAUGUCACGGAGGAGGUCAUGCAGAAGACGGCCGAGGCCUUAAGCCGAUCGGGCCUGGUACCACAUGCUGACACCCAGGAGACCGUCCGCAAGAUGGCCCUCAUGAAGACAGAGCACAGGGGAAGGUGGACCACCAUGAAGCUGCUACUGGACAGGGGAGCAGACCCUAACGCCUCCAGUGUGCCCAUGCCUGUCCUCUUCCUGGCCAUCAAGGCAGGCCACAUCCAAGCUGUCAGGCGUCUGCUGGAGUGUGGAGCACGCACAGAUAUGUGCCUGCCUUCAGAACAAAGGGGUUUCUACCCCCUGCACAUCGCUGCAGCUCUCCCCGGGGCAGAGGGCCCCAAAAUCACUGAGCUGCUGCUGCACGCCGUGGCAGACCCAGAUGUCACCGCCCAAGACGCUCACGAGGUGUUUAAGCUGGACAAGAACCCUGUGGAGCCCCAGGCUGGUUUUGGGAAUAAGUCUUCCACGUCGUCCGGCCCCCCGUCUCAGUUCUACAUGGCCUCCAGUGUGCCCCCAGAAGAGGGGGGCAGGACUCCUCUGCACAUGGCCUGCCAGAGAGACAAGGACUACACUAAUGCUAGGGAGGUUGUGUCACUUCUCCUCUCUCACAAGGCAAGCACCAAUCUCCUGUGGAGUGGCCACUCUCCCCUCUCUCUAGCUAUCGCUAGCGGCAAUGACUUGGCUGUUGAUGAGCUGCUGGCUGGGGGUGCUGACCCCAACCUCCCCCUGACCCGCCGGGUGGGCAGUGCCCUCUGUGCCAUGACCAAUAUCAGCUACGACUGUGCGGCUCACCUCCGCAACAGAACCAAGCUGCUGGAGAAACUGAUGAAGGCUGGUGCCAACAUACUGAUGCCAGUGGUGGUUGGUGAGGGCCGCAGGUGUGCUGUGGGCACCGCUGUGGACUACGCCCACUAUGCAUUUCACCAGGACUGGCGCAUCGCCCACACCCCGUACCAUGCCCUGAACCAGAGGGAGAGAGAGGCAUACAAUGCCCGCAGACAGAUCCUCAGCGUGAUGGGAGACCUGCUGCGUCAGGCAGUCAUCAGGAUGGAGAGACAGCGUGUAGAGAGGGAGCAGGGCCUGGGCAUCAGCAGUGUUAGUCCCACAGAGAAGUUUGUGUACACUGGAGCAGGAGCCACUCCUCCCUGGAACAAGGCAGCCAGAGUGGUUCUCUCCCAGGAGCAGGACAGCACAGAGUCUCUCCCUCAGCAGAUAGAACAACAGCAUAGGGCUGAGCAUAGACGGGGAAGUAAGGCAGUGAUUGUCAGGAAGCCCCUGUUUAAAUACUGCUACCAGUGUGGCCGUUCUGUGGGUGUGGUCCUGAUCGCCUGCAGCCGCUGUCACGAGGUGUUCUACUGUAGCAAGAUGUGCAAGAUGAAGGCCUGGAACGACCGCCACAAGGAUGAGUGUGUCCGUGUACCAGGAGUCACCCAUAGUGAAAAUACUCUACUAAUUCAGGAGAGAAAAGGACAGCCAAGCACAGUCAAGAUGUUUGCCGAAUCCCAAAAGAACCCCACCAAGGCAUCGCUGAUAGAGCAGAUGAAGGUCCAUCUGAAGCGUGACAGGUUAAAGGAGAAGCUGGCAAGAGGGUUACUACAGGCUAAGCCCAAAGACCCAAACAACUCUAUGAGGAAGGCCAAAAGCAGCGAGGGCUCUCAGGAUCCAGCCACUCUGAGACGAUAUUUAGGAGCCGGGGCCAAAACCAAGACGGGCCAGCUCAACCUGGACCAGAAACUCCCAGAGAGCCACUAUGGAAACCUGAAAGAGAACUACAGCUUCAUCUGACAGCUACACAGAGACAGAUUCUGAUAUAUUAAAGUACUUUGGGAAUGGAAUAUAUUUUCUAGAAAGAUAAAUGGAGGAGUGUGGUGAGUGGUGACUUGGUUUCAUGUGAAACUGUAUGCCACAUGACUUGACAGACAUGAUAAUGUGCAGUAAGAUAAAAUGUGGAAUCAUUGGACAGCAUCCCAGUACCUUUGACUCGUGACUCUGUUACCAGAAGAAGCCAUUAGAAAUAACAGUCAGUCUCAGUCGGACAUCUUUAAAAUGUCAUCACGUUUAUAAUAGCUGACACAAUUCAUGGUGGAAAACAACGACAGCAUGUCGACAUAUUUUCACCUUGGCAUUGUUGCUCAAUCACAAGAACCUCAAAAGGGGAAUUUUGUAUUAUUUUUCAAAUUGGCACAUUUUACUUAUGCCUCCCACUGUAUUGUGGCCCUUGAUUUUCACACCCUGACACAUAAAACCACAUUCACACCACACACACACAUUUUAUGUAAUCAGCCAGCCUGUAUCUGUAUCCAAAUCAAUCAGCACUUCAACAUGGCGCUUCUCUCCCAUUGAUUUUUCCAUAUGAGGAUUCUGUGUGUGUUGAGAGGGCCUGCUCAUCGAUUUCUCAGUGUUCAUUGGGCUUGGGAGUUGAGCUGAGCACCCCAGUGUUGGGUUUGUUAGCACAAGUAUUUUAAACGAAGAGCUAUAAGAACCUGCAGGUAACGAGGAAUGGGCUUCUUAUUCCACCUAAAUUUAUUAAGAGCUAAAUAUCUCACCAAAUCUACAGGCUACUGUAAGUGCCAUGGAACCACAUGAAAAGCAGGUGAAGUGGAAGUGGGCCUGGAAGUGUUGGAGAGACCAGGGGCAGUGCAAAUUUAGGGGAUGAUGAUCAAGACUGGAAAGCAGCAAUCAUGCUCUGUCUUCUGUUUACGUUUCUUUUAGCUCAGUUUUCAAUGUUUCUCUCCUGGGAAAUCAGGAGCUGUAUUCACACAGUCUUAACAUGCAUUCUACAUGCAUCCAUUCAUGCUGUGCCUCUAUAUGCAGGCAGUCAAACAGUCUCUCACACACACACACACAGAUUUACACAAAGUCAAAGACAGGCACUCACACACUUACAUACCGUACACCAGUACAUUGACAUAUACACUGUGUUACAUUAACGGACACUGUCACCAGAUCUUCUCCAUUCUAGCAUCCACGUACGGUCUGGAUGUCUCACCCCCAACAAUUUAUAAUUUAAUCACUAUUGGCCAUACAUACACAAUAUGCCACUACAUCAGAUUUAUUCUCUGCUAUGACAGACUAACUGUACACACAGACACUUUGAAAUGGUCCUCCUGUGUGUGACGGAGGGAACAUGAGCCAGCUCCAACAACAAUGCACUCACAUCACUGACUGCACCUUCAUUACAAUGUCACUGUGCUGCCUGGAACAUUCUAGCAAUGUUUGGAGAAUGUGUGACAGUGAUUUAGUCAAGGCAUUCCUGCUCCACAUCCAGCUGUAGUCAGCUGUGCAUACGGCGGGCGGGGAAGGUUCAAACCCCUAAGUUUGGGUUAGUGAUAAUAGAUUACAUUAUAUUACAAGAUAGGAAAUAUGUAUAAAAAGCGGCACCUCUCCUUUUUUUGACGGGUCGCCAGGAUGUGUUGAGUGAACAAUACUAACCAACAACUAUGCUUAAAAUUCUUCUUGUGAUCUGUAUGUGUGUUGGGCUUAUUUUGGAGUGUGUUUAUUCUAUGUGUGUUGCUGGCUAAGUGAGCUGUGCAACGCCUGACUGCUAACAGAAUGGUGGCUUUUAGAAGUUUGAAGACCAGAUUGAUCAAAUAAAAUAUCAGACACAGAGAGGCUUCCAGGCCUAGUAUGACGGAAGCGGCUUUCUACAGUCCUUCAAUAGAGAACGGCUAGAUUGUUAUACUAUACCACCUGCUUUCACAGACCUACAGAUCUCCUAUCUUCAUUUAAUCACUCUGUUAUCACAGAAUGUCCCUGUGCAGCAGGAAAUGCAAACUUGUCAUGUAUUAAGAGUUUUUA